CAGCCCCAGCUCGACCCCAGCAGCCUCAACGAGGGCACAGUGGUGAGUGUGCCACCGAGACCUGACCUGAGACCCAGCACCUAAGCCGGAUGCCAGCACCCGCCUGCACUCAGCUCCCAACGUGUCCACCCUCACCAAUCUGGCUCAGAGAACAUGGCCACUUCGGUGAGGACCUUCCCAGUUGCCCUGUGGACACCGACGCCAAGGGGAAACAUCACGGUGGUGCCUGAGGCAAAUUGCGUCUUCAACGAGGAGUUCAAGUACAUCCUGCUGCCCGUCUCCUACGGCAUCGUCUUCGUGGUGGGGCUGCCCCUCAACUCCUGGGCCCUGUGGAUGUUCAUCUCCAGAAUGAGGCCCUGGAAUGCCACCACCACCUACAUGUUCAACCUGGCUGUCUCCGACACGCUCUACGUCCUCUCCCUCCCCACCCUGGUCUACUACUAUGCCGACCGCAACAACUGGCCCUUCGGGAAAUGGCUCUGCAAGAUCGUGCGCUUCCUCUUCUAUGCCAACCUCUACAGCAGCAUCCUCUUCCUCACAUGUAUCAGCAUCCACCGCUACGUGGGCAUCUGCCACCCUAUCCGCUCUCUGAAGUGGGUGAAGACCAAGCACGCCCGCAUCAUUUGCGUGGGCGCCUGGCUCGUUGUCACCAUCUGCCUCAUCCCCAACCUCAUCUUUGUCACCACCAGCUCCAAGGGCAACAGCACCCUGUGCCACGACACCACCAAGCCUGAGGAGUUUGACCAUUACGUGCACUACAGCUCCUCCGUCAUGGCCCUCCUCUUCGGUGUCCCCUUCCUGGUGAUCGUCCUGUGCUACUGCCUGAUGGCCAAGAGACUCGGCAAGUCCAGCUUCUCCACCCCCAGCCCCCGCAUGCCCUCCUACAAGAAGCGCUCCAUCAAGAUGAUCAUAAUUGUGCUCACUGUCUUUGCCAUCUGCUUCGUACCCUUCCACAUCACCCGGACCAUGUACUACACCUCCCGCUACUUCCAAGCCAACUGCCAGACCCUCAACAUCAUCAACUUCACCUACAAGAUCACUCGGCCCUUGGCCAGCAUCAACAGCUGCCUCGACCCCAUCUUGUACUUCAUGGUUGGGGACAAGUACCGGGGGCGGCUGCGCCGGGGGCCAGCCCAGCGCCUCCAGCAUGUGCCCGCGUACAACCUGGCCCUGGUCUCCUCCUCCACGGACAAUGUCGUGGGUGACAGCCAUGUUGCCAGUGACACCAGAGGGACGGGGACAGCACGGAGCAGAGAUGGGUGCUGAGGGGCCAACGGAGGGUCACAGUAACCUUGCCCCUGGGCUUCGUGGGUCACAGCCCCUCCAGCUCUGUGUGGGUACCCUGGCACCCCCAGGUCCCCAAAGCUGACGUGCCCCUGCCCAGACUCUGUGAGGGCAGAGACCACAGGGCCAGUGGCCACGAGAUUUGUCCCAGCCCUGGCAUGUCACGGGAGAAGGGUGCUGGUGCCACCAGGGCAGGACAACCACAGGCACCUUGUGGGAACAGGGAGGAUGCUGAGAAAGCUGUUUUGGGAACACGGGCUGGUGUCCCAUCCCAGGGCACUUCUGGAAACAUGGGGAGUCACUAAAGAGAAGGGACACUGGUUCCUCCCUCACACGCACUGCCCUUCCCAUCUGCUCAACCAUGAUGUGCAGGACCAGACCAAGCCUGGGGAAGGCUCUCGGAGAUGUCCCCGUCACACUGCUGGCCUUGGGAGAGGCGGGGAGCGACACGGCAUGGGGCACUCACUGCCCGUCACUCCCCAAUAAAGCCCCUUCCCCUUU